GCCCCUCCUCCAGCAGCUGAUGACGACAUAUCAUGUCAACCCUGAGCCUCUGAGCUGGGCAGGAAGUGUAUGUUGUUCCUAGCUGGAAUAUGAGCAGAAGAAGCUGUUUUCCAUAGAGCUACCGGGACAACAAACUAAGCUUUUGACGGAAACAUUGGGAGAUGGACAGCUGUGGAAGAGGACGGCCAUGGGGAAAGCUAGUCAAAGUGGAAUCCAGUGAAACGGUCCUGCUUUUUGACAGGGAAUGCACAGUUGGCAGAAAAAAAGGAUGUCAUCUGUCCUUCCCAGCCAACAAACUGGUCUCCGGGGAGCACUGCAAGAUUGUGCGAGAUGAGAGCUCAGGGCUGGUUUGGCUUGAAGACAUGAGCACUAAUGGCACGAUGAUCAACAUGUCCAAACUGGUCAGGAAGCAAACUCACAUGCUGCAGAACGGCGAUGUCAUCUACUUUGUAUACAGGAAAAAUGAGCCAGAACAAAACGUUGCCUAUGUCUACCACUCAAUCCAAACGGAGCAAGCUGUUUCGCAUCGUAGUUGCGACUUGGAGAGGUCAGCCCACAGUCCUGCACCUGCUCCACCUUCAGAGAUGCCACUCUCUGUGGAGCCUGUGAUGCUCACAAAGGCUCCUCGUGAUCCAGUUCAGGAGGAACCUCAGCCCUCCACCUCCACUUCCCACUUCUGUAUCGGGAGCCCUACCGCUUCUGGUCCUGUGGCAGCUGCAGCCUGUCCUGCCUCUGGACAAACUAAAGAUGCUGCCCCAGCACAGGAAAAGGACAUGGACAGCAUGGAGCCAGAAAGCAAGAGGAGGAAAACUGAUGACAAUAAAGAUUAUGAUUUGGACUUGCCACACACCUCCAGCACAGAAGUGGUUGGUUCAACCAAGGGAAGCUUUUUGUCUAAACCACCAGUAGGAGCGACAAAGACGGACAAGAUGGAGGAGAGCCUGACGUGUGUUAUUUGCCAGGACCUACUUCACGACUGUGUCAGCUUGCAGCCUUGCAUGCAUGUCUUCUGUGCUGCCUGCUACUCAGGCUGGAUGGAGCGUUCCUCUCUUUGCCCCACCUGCCGCUGCCCUGUGGAGAGGAUCCGUAAGAACCACAUCCUCAACAACCUGGUGGAGGCCUACCUCAUCCAGCACCCAGAAAAGUGCCGCAGUGAUGAAGACCUGAAGAGCAUGGACAGCCGUAACAAGAUAACUCAGGACAUGUUGCAGCCAAAAGUUGAGCGCACUUUCUCCGAUGAGGAGGGCAGCUCAGAUUACCUCUUUGAGCUCUCUGACAAUGACUCUUUCUCCGACGGUGACUCCUCAGACAUUAGUCAGCCUCUACUGAUCUGCCGACAGUGUCCCGGCUACAAAAGGGAGGUCAGUCAAGUGCUGCUUGCUACAGGUUCCAACUACUGGCACUCUGGUCUGCCAGCUCUUCUGCCUAUACCUGAGGAGGGCUCUGCAAAGCCCACAGGGGAGCAGCCUUCAACAUCCUCUGACAUCCCCUCAGCUCCUCAGGAGUACCGCUGCCCCCCUCAGGGCAGUCAUCUCAUCUGCACCUGCUGCCUUCAACCAAUGCCAGACAGAUGGGCCGAGCUAAGCAGAGAGCAGGUUAUUGCUCAACGAUGUGUGCUGUGCCAGCGACCCUUCUGUCAUAUGUACUGGGGUUGCCAGAGGAUUGGCUGUCAGGGCUGUCUAGCUCAAUUCAGCGAGCUCAAUCUGUCAGACAAAUGCCUGGAUGGUGUUCUGAACAACAAUAACUAUGAAUCAGAGGUCCUCCAGAACUACCUGUCCUCCAGAGGGAAGUCAUGGAGAGAUCUGCUCCAGGAGUCUUUGCAGGCCUCGCAGCAGGGGAACUACUAUCUGUCAGAUUGUCGUGUCUCUCAAAACGCCAUCCUGUGCGUCGCCUGCGGCCUGCGAGCAUUCAAGGAGCUGGCAUACAAGUACAGACAGAACAUCCCUCCACCUGAACUGCCAGCUGCUGUAACAUCUCGUCCCGACUGUUACUGGGGACGCAACUGUCGCACGCAGGUGAAGGCACAUCAUGCAAUGAAGUUCAACCACAUAUGUGAGCAGACACGUUUCAAGAGCUGAAGGAGCGGAGUGGUUUGUUUCUCCACCUAAGUGUCAAAUGUAGAUACCGGAGCAUCUCGUAGACACAAUCUUGUUAAGUUUUGUCUCUCUCCAUCGUAGCUAACUGCCUUCCAGAUGUUUAUGCAAUAACCUAACGCAGAAAUUACAAUCAGUAUCCAUUUAUAUUAGUGAGCAGUUUCGUACUGGACAUGGGGGGCUGUGUGAAAGAGUGCUAUGCACAAUAACAUCAAAUUCCAAUGUUUACUAAAGGUUUAAACUGAUUUGAGGGCAUUUAACACCAGUCACCAUUUAAAUUUAGAUACAUUUUGUCUACCAGAGGCCUGUACUACGAAGCAGGAUUUGCAGUUAUCGAGGUAACUUCAGGGUUAACCCUUCAGGGUUUUCCGUCCUACGAAGGUGGUUCACUUCUUACUGGGGUAGAUCGCCAUGGUAACUUAU